AUGUUGAAAGAGUUCUACUCGGAAAUGGGAUCAACUGGGCAACCUAACAAGAAUCCAAUGAGACUGUCAGCGAUGUUCUGUGAACUUCAGCGAUGGUUUAUCACUAUCGGAAUGCAUAAGCUUGGCUCCCUACUCAUUCCCGCAAAGAUUGACUUCACUGACGUUGUUGUCUUUGACAUGUCGGUCAUGUACUCACUCGCCUACAUCUUUGCCAACCUCCGUCUCGGUCACAUCACCUUCGAGGAAUCCAUGCAGCUACAGGACUUUUGCAGGAACAUUGCGAGACACAUCACUUUGUUGCCAUCAACCGACAGAGUGAUACGUGUUGAGAUCAUACGACUGGUGCCCCCAAUCAAUCAGUGUAUGGAGAUGAUUGCUUUGAGAGGUAGAUUGAACGAGGCAACGACAAUCACGACUGAGUAUUUGGAGGCACUGGACAUUGCUUUGGCAUCAUUGGAUGAAGUACACCAAUCACUCUACACACAACACAUGAUCGAUUGUGAAACCUCUCAUUUCUAUGACAGUGGUGACGCUCUCAGGUAUAUUAUGUUGAAGUUAGGUAAUGGUCACUCGCUGGUAGAGAAUCAGCGACAAAACCAAUCCCAACAGCCAUCACGUCCGCUCAGGAUAGACUCAAUGUUUGAUCUCACAUCACAGUUUCGUUAUUUUUUGCAUGCUACUGGCAUUGACGCGAGUAACAGCAGCCCAGAAAGCAGCAUUGACAGUAGUUACAGCAGUGGAAUCGAUAGUAGUACAGAUAGCACCACCAACUACAAUUCUGAAGACAUUCUCGACGUUGGCCUCAUCACUAUUCGACUUGGCCAUGAACAAAUGGCCAUUGAGGACGACACUCACGUCGACUCCCCAGGUUUUGUUGAGUUCCUUACCGACAUUGACUAUCCCAACCAGAUGUCACAUCCAUCAUUUGACUUCCUUUACGAUGAUGAAUAA